AUGCGGUGCGCGAGCAAGGCCGCCGAGAGCGCGUCCGCACGUCUCUGUGCGGACGCCGAAGCAGAAACCACAGCAACUGAUGUCUCAUCGGUUGCUGAAGCGACUCAGCUUGUGUCUCCUGGUGAUGCAGGCGCUCGUCAUGAAGACACUCAUGUCUUCACAGAGUAUGAGCUCGGUGUCUCAUACUCUCCUGAUACGGAAGACGGAUCCGUAUCGACGGCGAUUGAAUCCAAGCUGCCUGCCAAGCAUGGCAUGGAUGAUGCUAUGUGUCGCAGCAUCUUUGGUUAG